UCACCGACGGAGGUAGUUGCCGCCGCCGCCGCCGCCGCCACCGCCGGCGAGGAAGAACCAAGAUGUCGGCGACGGAAGUGAUGGAGGAGUGCACGGAGACGGCGAGGGAGCGGCGGGAGGAGGAGCGGCUGAGGAAUGUGAACCUCGACGACUGGCUCCCCAUCACCUCGUCCCGCACCGCCAAGUGGUACUACUCCGCGUUCCACAACGUCACCGCCAUGGUCGGCGCCGGCGUCCUCGGCCUCCCCUUCGCCAUGUCCCAGCUCGGCUGGCCCACCGGCGUCGCCGCCAUCGCCUCCUCCUUCGCCAUCACGCUCUACACGCUGUGGCAGCUGGUGGAGCUCCACGAGCCGGCGCCCGGCGGCGGGAAGCGGUUCGACCGGUACCACGAGCUCGGCCAGGCGGCGUUCGGCCGGCGCCUCGGCGUCUGCCUCAUCGUGCCGCUCCAGCUCAUCGUCCAGGUCGGCACCGACAUCGUCUACAUGGUCACCGGCGGCCAGACGCUGAAGAAGUUCGUCGAGCUCGCCUGCGACGGCCGCUGCGCCGACAUCCGCCUCACGUUCUACAUCAUGAUGUUCGCGUCGGCGCAGUUCGUGCUCUCGCAGUGCCCCAACUUCAACUCCAUCUCCGCCGUCUCCGCCGCCGCCGCCGCCAUGUCGCUCUGCUACUCCAUGAUCGCGUUCUUCGCCUCGGUCCUCAAGGCCCACCCGGCCGCCGCCGCCGCCGUGGACUACGGGUUCAAGGCGACGACGGCGGCGGGGCGGGUGUUCGGCGCGUUCAACGCGCUGGGCGCGGUGUCGUUCGCGUUCGCGGGGCACAACGUGGUGCUGGAGAUCCAGGCCACCAUCCCGUCGACGCCGGAGCGGCCGUCGAAGAGGCCCAUGUGGCGGGGCGUCGUCGUCGCCUACGCCGUCGUGGCGCUCUGCUACUUCACCGUGGCGUUCGGCGGCUACCACGCGUUCGGCAACGCCGUGGCGCCCAACGUGCUCAUCUCGCUGGAGAAGCCGCGGUGGCUGGUGGCGGCGGCGAACCUGAUGGUGGUCGUGCACGUCAUCGGCGCGUACCAGGUGUACGCCAUGCCGGUGUUCGACAUGAUCGAGACGGUGCUCGCCAAGAAGCUCCACCUCCGCCCCGGCCUGCCGCUCCGCGUCACCGCCCGCUCCGCCUACGUCGCAUUGACCAUGUUCAUCGGGAUAACCUUCCCCUUCUUCGACGGCCUCCUCGGCUUCUUCGGAGGUUUCGGAUUCGCGCCAACAACUUACUUCAUCCCCUGCAUCAUAUGGCUCAUAAUGCGCAAGCCCGCCAAGUACAGCCUCUCAUGGUUAAUGAACUGGUGUUUCAUCAUCAUCGGAAUGCUGCUCAUGCUGGUUUCACCCAUCGGAGGAUUACGGCAGAUCAUCCUUGACGCUAGCAAAUACAAGUUUUACUCUUAGUCCGAUCCGGCCUAGAAGAUGAUAGAGUAGGAUUAGUUGUCAAAAGAGCUAGUAGUAGUAGUUUUUAAGAUUUCUUUAGCAAUGCACGGUGCAAGUUAUCAGUGUCUAGAAGACCAGGCAUCAGAGAUGUAAUAGAGUGCCUGAGUUUAUCUCUAUUAUUAUUAUAAAAAUUUAAGAUGUUUUUAUCAAAUUUUCGUCCGUCACAUGUAGUCAAAUUCAACCCGUAUGGCCGUAUUCAAAGAGCAUGCGAUUUAUAAUCCACAUCCGAUUCCGUUUC